AUGUCUUAUGUUACAACAGAACUUAUUUCAGAAAACCAAGAAGAACCCAAUACUUUUCAAGAAGCAGAAGAACUUGAAGUAGACACUGAAUUGAUUUCUGAAGAGUUAUUAUUGACUAGUUUAUCAGAAAGCUCAUUUGAAGACGACAUGGAAGAAGAACUUCUGAUAGAUGAAACAUUAUCACCACUUGAAAAAAUAUCUUUAUAUGUAAGAAGUGAAUUAGCAUUUCAUAGUAUUUUAGUUAGCCCGGCUGAUUGUCGUAUGAUGGCUUUCCCAACAAUCGAUGAAUCAAUCGAAUUAUGGAUUAAAGGUCAACAAUUUUCUAUUCAAAGGUUGUUAGGCGAUGAAAGUGCUGCCAAGGAAUUUGAAGGUGGUAGCUUGGGGAUUUUUAGAUUGGCUCCUCAAGAUUAUCACAGGUUUCAUUUUCCAGUAGAUGGUCGUAUUGGUGAAAAUAAACCUAUUGCUGGUGACUACUAUACUGUUAAUCCUAUGGCUAUUCGUUCAGAGUAA